AUGGUCAUGCCAGCUGGUAAGAAACCAAAACAAAACACCUCGAUUCAGGGAUCGAGUAAACCCUCUUUCAGCCAAGUAGCCAGUCAGGCCAAGGGGAUCAAAUUAGGAUUUGUUCCUUUUGAUUUGGCUAAGUGCCCCCUAAACAGGGAACAGACUGCACAGCUACAGGAGGCUAUAAUUGAGACUGCCAUAGAGUUGGCGUCUGACGAGGUUAAACCAGAAUUUGAAGGUUGUUUCCCUCGUACGGGAUGGCUCAUGAUGGUGUGCACAAAUAACCAAACGGCUGAAUGGGUCCGUAAAAAUGCGGCAGCUAUUGCAACAAAGGCUAAACUGGGCGCCAAAGUGGUUGAAGAGUCGGAGUUUCCAAAAACACAUCUGGUGCGAGGAUACUUCCCACACAGUUGCGAUUUUGAAAAUACCAAGGUUCUUGCCACAAUUGAGGCCCAGAACAGGAUUAAAGCAAGCACCUGGAAGGUAUUACAGCGGACCGCAGAAGGUUCACUGCUCCACAUCGUCUUUGCUGUCGACGAUGCAUCCUGGAACUCACUGGUCCAGAGUGGAGGUAGAAUUGCAUAUCGCUUCAGCCAUGUCAAGCUACUGCUUAAAACUAACAGUAUGACAAAGGAGGGGCAGCCAGAACAACGGCCUGUGGAACAAAAGGUUCCAAAUAAACUCCAGAUCACAAGGACGGAGAAACAGAAAGUGGAGCACGUGGUUCCACAAUCAACACUUACGUCUAUUGUGAAUCCAAAUGAGGCCCCAACUACUAGUAGAGCCGCCAUUCAAAAAAGGCUUUGGAUGCGGCCACCUGUGGGUGGAGCAUCAACAACUCCAAAAGAGCGCCAGAAGGAAAAAGGGCCACGGAGAGCUCGACUUCAAAAGGAAGUCGAACGCUCUCUCAAUAAAACUCAACAAAAAUGAGCACCAUAGGGGUGUUACAGGCGAACCUGCACCACGCGAAAGGAGCAUCGGCUACCUUGUGCAGGACCUUCGCCACAAAAGGACUGGCCAUAGCGCUUAUCCAGGAGCCAUGGACAGUCGGUGGGCAUAUAAAAGGCCUUCAACAUCAAUCAAAUUUCAUCCAGAGGGACUUGGUGUCGGCCAUUUUUGAGAUCCCGACGGAGUGCGGAACACGAGAGAUCGUGAUCGCAUCGGCCUACUUUCCAGGCGAUGCAGAUGAAGCACCACCUGAAGCAGUCACAAACUUGGUAAGUUAUUGCAAAUCCAAUAAUUUACAAUUUAUAAUUGGUUGCGACGCAAACGCGCACCAUACCUUAUGGGGUAGUACUAACAUAAAUAGAAGAGGGCAAAUGCUUUUAGAAUACUUUAGUAGUAAUAACGUCAGCAUAUUGAACAAUGGUUCUGAACCCACUUUUAUUAAUGCCAUUAGAAGAGAGGUUCUUGACCUUACUCUUUCUAGUCAAUUUAUCUCCAAUUAUGUUGUUAAUUGGAGGGUCUCAAAGGAGGUUUCUUUAUCUGACCACCAACAUAUUCUUUUUGAACUGCCGGGUCACUUUUUACAUAAAAAUUUGCCAGCUGCACGUAAGUGUAUCAACUGGGAAAUCUUUAGAC